CGCCUGGCCGGGACGCACCGCGGGGGCCAACAUGGCGGCGCACACGCUGCGGGCCCUGUGCCGGCCGCGGCCGGGGCUUGCGCUUCUGUCCGCCCGGUGCUCGCUGUGGGCCGGCAUCGGCACCGAGUACCGGAGCUCGCACAGCCUGGACAAGCUGUACCCGCCGCGGCAGGAGAAAAGCGCCGCCCGCGCCCCGGAGCAGCCGCCCACCCUCGACAUCCCCAUGGCUCGCCUGACCGUGUCCUACAGUCGGAGCAGCGGCCCCGGCGGGCAGAACGUUAAUAAAGUGAAUUCCAAGGCAGAAGUUCGGUUCCACCUGGAGUCGGCAGACUGGAUUCCUGAGGCUGUGAGACAAAAAAUGGCACUGAUGCACAGGAAUAAGAUAAACCGGGAUGGGGAGCUGAUUGUGACCUCGGAAGAGAGUCGCUACCAAAUGAGGAACCUGGCGAUCUGUUUGGAAAAAAUCCGAACCAUGGUCACAGAGGCCACAGAGAAACCCAAGGUGGUGUCUAAGGAGACAACACAGCAACUCAUAGAGAGGGUGGAAAAAAUGAACCGUGAGCGACUACGACAGAAAAGGAUACACUCAAACAUAAAACAGAGCAGGAAGGCGGAUUUUGACUGAGAACAGCAGAGAUCCAAGUCCUUGGCAUUCCAUCUUCCUAAAUAAGUGGCACUGGCAGCUGUAGAUGAUGCUAAACUCAUGAGCUAUAUUGAAUAAAAAUGGUCUAAAAGUGUAAAUAAAAAAUUUAACAUCUUUUGAGCCCAACAGUA